UUGUUAUUAUUAUUAUUAUUAUUGUUAUUAUUACACACUGUUCGCGUACUCGGUGGCACAAUAAUAUUAUUUUGACUUUUUACACACACACAUGCACACACACUUACACACUUAACAGUCAUCAAACAAAUAAAAUUAGUUUUACGUCGGUCGAUAUACACUCGGUUUACCGCCUAUUACAGGUGUGAAUUGGACGAGACGACGACCGACAACUCCGCGUCCACCGUCGUCCGUACAUAAUCCGUUUCGGCGGCCGUCCCGCGGGAUAGCGAGCAAUCGACGAGACGACGACGACGACGUCGACGACGAAAGAGCGGCAACGACUAGGCUGGUCGUUAUCGUGGCGGCGGUGACGCGAACUUGUGACGACCAACGACGUCUCGGCGAUUCGGACGACAGCGGCAGCAGAAUCGGUGACUGCGGCGACGACGACGACGAGAUCGCCGCCGGAGUAAUCGUCGUCCGGUCGGGUCGGUUGUUAUGAUGUCCGUGCGACCGUCGUCGUCGUCGUCGUCGUCUUGUGCCGAGUCGCAGUCCCGACGGUGUCGCCGUCAGUCUCGUCAUUGCGGCCGUCCGUCGCCGUCGUCGCGGUCCAAGUUCGUCGAGUGCAAGUCCGAGUCGCCUUUGCCGCUGGGCGGGGAGACCGCAAUGCCUAUAUAGCCCUGUGACCUAUGUCGUCUGCAGUGUUCUUGUAGUGUCGCCGCACCGCAAAGAUGGGGAAUCCAACACGUUUUAUGGUUUCAUGGGAUGAUCAUUCUACUCAUUUAGUCGCACGUUUGGGAUAUCUUUUGGAACGUCAGCAGUUGGUUGAUGUUACUUUGAUGUGUAAUACACAUAGUCUCAAAGUUCAUAGAUCAGUUCUUGCAGCUUGCAGCCCAUACUUUGAGCGUGAAUUAGGUAAUCAUCCCAUGAUUGUUCUCAAAGAUAUGAAAUUUAGUGUACUCAAAUCAUUAAUUGAAUUCAUGUAUUGUGGCGAAACAAAUGUCACUGAAGAUAAUUUACACGCUCUUGUGGAAGCAGCAAAAUUUUUUGAGGUUAAAGGCUUAUCUUCACUAGCUCAUGAAAGCUUACAAGAUUCUAAGUCUAUAAAACCACCUUCCCUUGUUUGUACUACAACAGCUCAAACUAGAAUCUGUCAAGUUUCACCUACACCAAUUCCAGUUACAUCUAUUGCAACCAAAGUUACAGAAAACGGAAAUUACUCUUCGUCCGUGUCUGUUAUUGCACGGCUUGGCCAAAAUAAUAAUACCAACGAAAGGCGGCCUUGUGCUGGUAGGGGUCGGCCUAAAGCUCAUCUUCAGAGCCCAUGUUGUGAACCAUUGGUAAGCAAACCAGCUCCUAUUACUCCACCACAGACAGAAUCCGCCCAAAUACUACUAUCACUUGCAGGAUCUAAUCAAUCAUACAUAUCGCCUUCAAAACACAGAACCAAUGAUAGUAGUAUAGCAACUAUAAAUCAUCAAGAAUUACCUAUGAGUAAUGGUUUAGACAAUAAUAAUCCAAAGUUCAGCGAUGACAUAGACUUAAAGUAUAAACGUAGUAGAAAAAGACCUGCAGAUUCAGUGGAUGAGAAUAGAUAUGAUGUAAAAAAAUCAAUGCCUAAUGACAUCAAGACAGAUGAAGAUGUCAAUCGAUCACCAUUAUUAGCUAGCUUAUUAACCAAAAAUGAUAAAUCUGAUGAUAAACUUAAAGUACAAAAACCUCAAGAAACCCAAACUCAGAAUUCUGAAAGAUACAUUAAUGCAUUAAAAGGAGCUGGUCUUCCAACGGAUAUUCCAAUAUUAAUUGAGAAUGGCGAUGGUAAUUACAUCACAUUAACUGAGAAUGUAUAUGACAUAUUAGCCAAAGAAGACGCUCUUCAUUUUCAACUCACUGAUAAUAUGAACCUUGCUAAUCUUAAGCAACCAGAAGAAAUGGUUAGUAAUAUGCAAGAAGUAGCUCAGUCUAAUGUACCAAUAAUAGAUACCAAUUUAGAAGAUCCGAUAUUAAGGAAUAUUAAAAGUCAUAUGCCACCAGACAAUCCAGACGAUGUUGUUCUGUAUAAAGUAGCUGAUAAUGGAAACAUUGAAAAAUAUGUUUUGACUACAGAAGACAUAAAAGCAUUCAAAGAGUCUAUGGAUUCAAAUCCUGAAAGGAAAAAAGAUUCGCCACUAUUAAGCGUUUCUGAAAUAAAUGUGCCGAUUGAGAAUAAAUCAUUACCAUUGAUUACUAAAAUUUUAGACUGUGGUAAUGAAAAGUUUUCAGAGGCUCUAUUAGGCAGACUACCUCUUAGAAAAAGAGGGACAUUCAAAUUAAAUAACACUAGUUCUGAUACUGAUAUGUUACAACAAAUGAAUAACGUUUGUACACAGUCUGUUGGUACUGUAGAUACUGAUGUAGAAUAUGUUGUUGUUGGAGAAGACAGUGUACAAAUGGAUAUAAUGGGUUCUUCUAGUAUUAGCAAUAAAAAUGAUUCAUUGAAAACCAGUAAUACUAUGAAAAUAGAAGAUGUUGCCGAAGAAGAUAUGAGUGUUCUAGAAGCAAUGAUGAACAAUACUAUUGAAUUUUCUGCCGAAGAUGGUGAUUAUCAAAUGCACAGUAGUGAAGAGGUUUUCUCAAACGAUCAAAACGACAAUGAGAAAAUGAUAUUGUCCAAUGUCCUCAUGUGUACGGGUGCAGAAAAUUCCAAUUCUCAUGUUGGUCUCGACCACUUUGGAUUUAAACCCGAUGACGUGGAUGGCCGUAAUGGUGACUGUAAUCAACAAAAAAAAUCCAAAAUGUAUGUAGACUUAGAUAUGACGGGAAAUGAUUUUAUAUCGGAAUCUGUUACUGAGGAGGUAGUACUUUCCAGUGAACUAAAUCCAAGCUCCUGAAUUUAUUUAUUUAAGGAUAACUUUCUAGUUAUACUUUGGACAUAGAGUUGUGUAUAUUUUGUAAAAAUCAGUCUGUAUAAUAUUAUUUCAAACAUUGAUGUUUGUCAUUGAACUUGUUGGUAAAAAUUUACAAAUGCCUAUGUAUAUACUAUACAUAAUCAUAUAUAUGUAUAUAUAUAUAUAAAUAUAUACAUAUAUUUAUAUUUCCUUAUAGUUCUGACUUAUAUACUAGUUUAUUUGUUUUGUUUAGUGUUAACAUUUAAAAAAAUGUAUUAUUCUCUAACUUGGUGAUUUAAAUAUGUGAACGAUUAGAAACAAAUAAUGCUUAACUUGGCACUUUGAAAAUAGAAUGAGUGUUUAAUCUGAAAUUAAAAACUAAAAUUGAUAUUAUUUUAUAAUUUUAAAAAUUAUUGUUAGGCUUCGGUAUUCACAAUUAUUUAAAAAAAUGUGUUCACCUUGUGCCAUUUGUUAAGCCGUCAAUUAUGAAAGUUCACAUGUUUCAGCUUCAUAAAUGAACAAACGAUUAAAAUCCGAAAUAAAGAUUAUAUGUUUAUAUAGUUUUAUAAUACCUUUUUUCAAUUUUAAUUACAUUUUAACUUUUGUUUCUAACCAUUAUUUUCUGUACAAAGAAUAUACCACAACAAUAAUUAUUA